AUGAAAUGGAUGAACGGAAGAGAAGAGAAGAGAAGAGAAGAGAAGAGAAGAGAAGAGAAGAGAAGAGAAGAGAAGAGAAGAGAAGAGAAGAGAAGAGAAGAGAAGAGAAGAGAAGAGAAGAGAGGGGAGGAAAGGAGAGGAUGGGAGAGGAGGGGACAGGAGAGGAGAGAAGAGAGAAGAGCAGAAGAGAAGAGAAGAGAAAUGAAUAGAGGAGAAGAGAAGAGAAGAGAAGAGAAGAGAAGAGAAGAGAAGAGAAGAGAAGAGAAGAGAAGAGAAGAGAAGAGAAGAGAUGAGAAGUGAAUAGAGGAGAAUAGAAGAGAAGACAAGACAAGAGAAGAGAAAAGAAUAGAAGAGAGAAGAGAAGAGAAAAGAAGAGAAUAGAGGAGAAGAGAGAAGAGAAGAGAAGAGAAGAAGAAAAGAAAGGAAGAGAAAAAGAAAAAGAGAAGAGAAGAAGAGAAGAGAAGAGAAGAGAAGAGGAGAGAAGAGAAUAUAAUAGAAGAGAAAAGAAAAGAAGACAAGAGAAGACAAGAAAAGAGAAGAGAGGAGGACAAGAGAAGAGAAGAGAAUAGAAUAGAAGAGUAGAACACAGAAGAGAGGAGACAAGAAGAGAAGACAAGAGAAGAGAAGAGAAGAGAAUAUAAUAGAAGAGAAGAGAGGAGAGAAGAAGAAAGGAGAGAAUAGAAGAGAAGAUAAGAGACAGGAGAAGAGAAGAGAAGAGAAGAGAAGAGAAGAGAAGAGAGGAGAAGAAAAAGAAGAGAAGAGAAAAGAAGAGAAUAGAGGAGAAGAGAGAAGAGAAGAUAAAAGAAGAGAAGAGAAGAGAAGAGAAGAGAAGAGAAGAGAAGAGAAGAGAAGAGAAGAGAAGAGAAUAGAAGAGAAGAGAAGAGAAGAGAAAAUAAUAGAAGAGAGAAGAGAAGAGAAAAUAAUAGAAGAGAAUAUAAUAGAAGAGAAGAGAAGAGGAGAAAUUAAGAGAAGAGAAGAGAAGAGAAGAGAAGAGAAGAGAAGAGAAGAGAAGAGAGGAGAAUAGACGAGAAGAGAAGAGAAGAGAAGAGAAGAGAAGAGAAGAGAAGAGAAGAGAAGAGAAGAGAAGAGAAGAGAAGAGAAAAUAAUAGAAGAGAAUAUAAUAGAAGAGAAGAGAAGAGGAGAAAUUAAGAGAAGAGAAGAGAAGAGAAGAGAAGAGAAGAGAAGAGAAGAGAAGAGAAGAAAAGAGAAGAGAGGCGAAGAGAAGAGAAGAGUAGAGUAGAGUAGAGUAGAGAAGAGAAGAGAAGAGAAGAAAAGAAAAGAAAAGAAAAGAAAAGAAAAGAGAAGAGAAGAGAAGAGAAGAGAAGAAAAGAAAAGAAAAGAAAAGAAAAGAAAAGAAAAGAAAAGAGAAGAGAAGAGAAGAGAAGAGAAGAGAAGAGACAGCGGAGAGAGAGAGAGAGAGAGAGAGAGAGAGAGAGAGAGAGAGAGAGAGAGAGAGAGAGAGAGAGAGAGAGAGAGAGAGAGAGAGAG